GGAGUGGGACAGAAGGAGGGGGCGCGGCAGCACGUGACCUGGGCCCGGGUUCCCGCGUCACGUGACAGGCCCCGGAAGCGGCUGCCGGGCAGCCGAAAGGAUGGCUGGGGCCAGUCGCUGAGCUGACCGGGUGGGCUGUGCCGAAGCAGGAGCUGGAGCCAGAGCCGGACGGAAUCCAGGCGGGGUUGAAUGCCUGGAUUGCUGAGAACUAUGAACCCAAUCCUGAGGAACAAAUUCCCCAGGUCCUGCCAUUCUGGAGCAUGGUUCCCUGGAGCUCUCUUCUCGAAGCAGUCUUUCACCUUUGCAGUUUUGAUCCUACAAAAGCCACCAUGUCCACAGAGAGGCUCCGGAAUGAAGACUACCAGGACUACAGCUCCACUGACGCCAGCCCGGAGGAGAGCCCGUCGGAGGGUCUGGGCAACUUCUCCCCCGGUGCCUACCAGCGUUUUGGGGAAAGCAACAACACAACGUGGUUCCAGACCUUGAUCCACCUGUUAAAAGGCAACAUUGGCACGGGACUCCUGGGGCUGCCUCUGGCGGUGAAAAAUGCAGGCAUCUUGCUGGGGCCCCUCAGCCUGCUGGUGAUUGGCGUGGUGGCCGUGCACUGCAUGGGCAUCCUGGUGAAGUGUGCGCACCACUUCUGCCACAGACUGAACAAACCCUUUGUGGACUACGGGGACACUGUGAUGUAUGGACUAGAAGCCAGCCCCAGCCCCUGGCUCCGGAACCACGCCCACUGGGGAAGGCGCACCGUGGACUUCUUCCUGAUCGUCACUCAGCUGGGAUUCUGCUGUGUCUAUUUCGUGUUUCUGGCUGACAACUUUAAACAGGUGGUCGAAGCUGCCAACAGGACCACAAACAACUGCCACAACAACGAGACAGUGAUCCUGACGCCCACCAUGGACUCGCGUCUCUACAUGCUCGCCUUCCUGCCCUUCCUGGUGCUGCUGGUGUUCAUCCGCAACCUCCGGGUCCUGUCCAUCUUCUCGCUGCUGGCCAACAUGAGCAUGCUGGUCAGCCUGGUCAUGAUCUACCAGUUCAUAGUCCAGAGGAUCCCCAACCCCAGCCACCUGCCCUUGGUGGCAUCCUGGAGGACCUACCCUCUGUUCUUCGGCACAGCCAUCUUUGCAUUUGAAGGCAUUGGAAUGGUUCUGCCUCUUGAAAACAAAAUGAAGGAUCCCCAGAAAUUCCCGCUCAUCCUGUACCUGGGGAUGGCCAUUGUCACUGUCCUCUACAUCAGCCUGGGCUCCCUGGGGUACCUGCAGUUCGGAGCCAGUAUCCAAGGCAGCAUCACCCUCAACCUGCCCAACUGCUGGCUGUACCAGUCGGUGAAGCUGCUCUACUCCAUCGGGAUCUUCUUCACCUACGGGCUGCAGUUCUACGUCCCGGCUGAGAUCAUCAUGCCCUUCUUCGUGUCCCGAGCGCCUGAGCAGUGCAGGCUGCUGGUGGACCUGUCCGUGCGCACCGCCAUGGUGUGCCUGACGUGCAUGCUGGCCAUCCUCAUCCCCCGCCUGGACCUGGUCAUCUCCCUGGUGGGCUCCGUGAGCAGCAGUGCCCUGGCCCUGGUCAUCCCCCCGCUCCUGGAGAUCGCCACCUACUCCUCCGAGGGCCUGCGCCCGCUCACCAUCGCCAAGGACGCCCUCAUCAGCGUCCUGGGCUUCGCGGGCUUCAUGGUGGGGACCUACGAGGCCCUCGCUGAGCUGGCCCAGCCCAGCGCUGCCCCGAACUCCACCAACUCCACCGGUGCCUUUGCGUACUGAGCUGGGUGCCGCUCCGGCCUGCCCGCCGCCCUAGUGUCCGGGACCCGUCCCCAGAGCCUCCGCAUCCAGCCUGGGACAGGUGGGCGGCUGUUGGCUUCUCCUCAGCCUGACCGGAACUCGGGGCCGGCGGCAUGCGGGCAGCAGGGAGGUGGGUCCCAGGCACAGGGCACCACCAGGGACGGCGGUGUCGCCGCGCAUUUGUACUCAAUUUCAACCCAGACCGUGUCACCUCGCCCCGUCCUGGUGGUGCCUCCGCCCUCAGCAUCUGUCCUCUUGUCUGAGCCGCCUCAGCCAAAGCAUUCCUCUCACACAGCUCACUUUAUUUAAACAUUUCCAUGUCCCCACCCCAGGUUUUCUCCUUUGCGGGCCAGGCCUUGUGAGUGAGAGGUGACUCUUCCCCUCUUGAGAAAGCCAGGCCUCCUCAUCCUGCCCCGGUGUUGUACCUGAGGGUUCUCCCCUCUGCUCAGCUCUCCAGGGCUGUCUGGCCCUUCCUCGUGGUUAAAAACUGGCCCCCAAACCAGAGGGUUUUUUUUUUUUUUUUGGUACCAGGGAUUGAACUCGGGACCUUGCGCUUUCGGGGCAGGUGACGGAACCACUGAGCUAAAUCCCCGGCCCAAACCGGAGUUUUUAAUCCUUGUUCUCCCUCACUUGCCCUGGGCUCAGACCCCCUCCCCUUUGAGUUCCUCCGUGUGGGUUGUAUGUGUCCUUCAUCGCAUUAGCUCUGAAAAGACAUGAAAUGCUGCCAAAAUGGAAAAUAUUUAUUUUUUAUUUAAGAUUAGGUUCUUGUUUUUAGAUUCUGACUGUCAAUCUGGGAUGAUUAGGAAUCAGUUCUUCCUCAGCCAACUUUUUUUUUUGUGUGGCAGUACCAGGGAUUGAACUCAGGACCUUGCACUUGCCAGGCAGGCGAGGUGGCGCUGAGCUACAUCCCCUGGCCCUUCCUCAGUGAACUGACUCAGCUUGGAAACUUGCCCCAGGAGGUGUGUGUGGAGCGCCUGGACGCCCACACCUGUCUGGCAGGAUCAGCUGCGCACCUCUCAGGGCGGCCAGGUCUCACCGCCUGCUGCCCAUCCGCUUGAUUUCCUACGCACGUGCGGCCUGUCCUGGGCGCAGAGCAGGGGCGGCAGAGGUCUCAGGGCUGCUGAUGCACAGGUGCUUUGUGUGUUCGGGCCCACUUCUCAGCCUUAGCCCCUGACAGGCAAAGGGGACAGCAGUUCCUUCGCUGUGGUGCCAGGAGGACCCUUGUUGCUGUGGGCGGGAAGCCAUGUUGGGGCCACGGACUGUGACAUGACAUUGAUCACUGAUCGCAGAAUCCGCCCCAGCUGACCUGCACUGCGCUCAGUACUUGGCCGUUUACAAUCUGGGGUGGGGCGGGGCAGAGCCGAGCCGGUCCGGUCCGGUCCACCGCCGGUCCACCUCACGUCGCUCCUUGCCCUGCUCUUGGAGAGGAACCGAGGAACACCAGGGGGACCCACGAAACCUCCCUGCCUGUUCCGGACCCCGGGCGAGGCCACCUCAGGUCAGCCUGCAGACCACAGUAGGGAGCCGGCGUCAAGGGGCAGAGGACGAGGAGGCUGCUCCUCCCUCUGGGGCUGGAGGGGCUCAGGACUCCGCAGCUGUGUGCGGUGCUCGUGUCUAGUGGGGCAGACCCUGGGUCUCCCGCCUAGUCACCGGGCCUUCUCUUGUCCAGAGAUAGGGUUUGCCUUGAAUGUUGGUGAAGGCAGAACAAGAACAUGCCAGGGCUUUGUGUGUGCUUCAUCCGAGUUUGUGAGGGCUGUGGCUCACCCUGGCAGCCCAGCUUUUUCUUUUUCUCCUGUUCCAAAGCCAGCAGGGCUGCCCUCCAGGUGGAGGGUUGGGAGAGUGGACUCUCCACGGUGAGUGCUGGCCUGUCUGGCAGUGUGUCAGGCCCGAAGCUGUCAGCAUGGGAUACUCGUUCUCCCCCAGGAGGGUGAGCCUCUGCGGCCAGCCUUUCUGCUGUUGGGGGUCUGUAACAGGUGCUCAGGUGACCAGGGCCCCAGCUGGGAUAGGUAGAGGUGGCGCCCUCUCACGACUCAGGCUCAGACGUGACCACAGUGCGCUCAGAAACAGUCAGCUCUGUCCCACCUGUGGGCCUGGCCGUCUUGCUGUUGCCACCCGGAGAGUUGCUUUCGGUGUGAAGGGGCAGACCCGUGUCCUGUCCCUGGUGCUUCGGUGGAGGCCUCUGAGUUCCUGGAACUGCUGGAGGCACAGCGCAGGGCCCUGGGGAGAGACAAGGUGGCAGAAGACGGGGAGGGAGGGAGGGAGCGGGGCGGCUCAGUCCUGCCGCUCCUGUCUCCAAGCCCGGCACUGCCCAGCACCGCCCAGUGUCUUCUGAGCGCCCCCUCCCGCUGUGCUCUGGCUGCCCCUGUGAGGAAGUGCCGGGUAAGCAGAAGUCUGAUCGGGGCAACAGAGCCAAAGGUCUCUGGGUGCACUGAAGGUGCACGCGGGGUUUGUGGGCUCACCUGCUGUCCUGUGUCCUGUGCAGCCUCAGGUGCCCGUGAGCCCAGACGUAGCUCUCUCAGAGCUUUCUUGGUUCUUUCUCCAAAUGCUGCUCCUGGGUGGGCCAUGUCCCUCCUCAGUGCGGCCGCUUCCUGUGAGGAGCGUGACUGGCAUUUGCUCUUCACUCUGCCUAGGAACUGUCACCACUCACAAGUGAAGUUAGUUACUUACAUUGUGCUGCUGUCCCUUCCCCUGCACAAGCCAUGUAUAGGUGUGACCGCAGUGGUCUUAGGGUGGAUCCCAAAUGCUACAACCUCCCAGCCUGGCUCCCCUCAUAUUUUCCCUUUCUCACAAUAUCAUCCGUGUCCAACACUACGGGUUCACCUCAUCUUUCUUGACAGUGCAGAAUCGCAGUGUAUGUCCGUUUACAGCACCCUCUUCCCUGCUCACAGCAAGGGCUCUGCGCUUGGGUUGUUUUUUGUCUGUUUAUCUUAUUUUUCUUUUUCCUGUAGCUGGUCAGCUACUAGGGCAGGCCUCAGGGUCACCCCGGGCCUCAGAAUGCUGCUUCCUCCCCCAGGGGACAGACAGCAGGGGUGGCAGGGUGCGGUGCUUAGGAGGCAGCUUCCAGUCUGCCUUAGAAUUCAAUUUUCCCCGAGUACAUUACACGUCAGUCCAUUAGGGGAAGGAAGCGAGCGAGGCCGAUUGUCUGAAAUCAUGGCCAGUACCUCAUGCGGUUACUCGGCAGGCCGCCAGGCUGUUUGCCCUGAGCGCCAGCCUGUUGGGUGACUCCCUUUCCUGUGUACACUGAGCCAUCCCUGUUGAGAGGAGGUCAGAGGGAGGGAGCUGGGAAUGAGGGUGGGAAGUGGCUGCUGUUAGCUGUUCUUUGGCUUAGAUCAAGGUGAUGCAGGGAAAGCUAUUUUCUUUCGGUGGUCAGUGAAAUCAGGUGGCUGUGUUGUAAGCCAUGUUAAUGGAUGUGAGGCUGCGCGGCAGUGAAGAGCUAGCACAGAGUGAGUCUGACGUGAGGGACUGUGCGCGAUGUGCAUGCUGGAUGUUUCCAGCGUGGUGUAUGUAGAGAUGUGGAUUGUGCCAGAGCUUGUAGAUCUCACGUGGGUUGUGCACAUGGAUCAUGUGUUAAGCUUUUCUUUUUCAGUAAAUAAAUUUUAUUUUCUAUUUUU